UCACGUCCGGAACGAUAUGUUUCCGGAUAGCUGAAUGAAUGCCGUCAGCUCCCACCACGAUAUCGGAAGAUUCGACCGAUCCAUCAGCAAAUUCAAUGGCGACUUCUUUCUCUGAGUCCUUGAUGGCUUUCAUGAAUUGCUUGUUGAUAUUGUUGAUAUGGAUCUAUAUCCCGUAUUCCCGAAGCAUCAACUUCAUCUCAUUAAUGAGUGACUGACACAUAAUACGGAAGCCUCUGUAGCCGUACAACUUCUCAGAGCCAAAAUGAUAGACGUCUUUGAUCGCUCCAUCGUUGUCACUAAAGGCUAGAGUGUCAAAGUGAUAACCCUUGUCGCGGACACGGUCGUAUACACCCAGUUCAUCGAGAAUGUUGGGCGAGAGAGUUAUUCCACCGCCGGUCUCAUAAGAUUCAGCGCGCUCUUCAUACACGGUGCAUGUUAGUCAUGUCUGUCCCAUGUUUCGAAAGGCGAGGGGUGGAAAUUGCCAUACAGAAAGACCCCCACCAACUAUAGCAACGUGUUGAGGAAGCUCCAUAACUGUGCUAUGAUCGGGAAUGGUAAAGAUUAUUUAUUGACAAUAUAAGCUUGAAGGGAUCUGUUUUAUCCGUCACGGCACCUCAAAUAUGUGGCCUGACUGAGCUCUGCUUAAUCAGAACGAGAACUUGUCCAAGAUCUCCUCAGUUUGUAGCUUAACAUCUAACCAAAUCUGUCCUCACAGAGAGGGGCCCUCGCCGUGGCUUGCGGAAUCUGUGGUUUUGUAUUCAAUGCAGCCGAACCCAGACAUCAAACGAGCGCAUCCACGAAGUUGAAUAACGCUUUGUUAGCAGAGUAAACCCGUCUCUGCAGUCUUAUGUGCGGUUGUCGUGACAUUCCGGGUGCCAUAGGCUCGGAGUUAAGUUUAUUGAACACGAAGAGGGCGGGUGGUGGCAGUUUAGUUCUAAAUGACUGUGUUGCUAGUCAGGUCUCCCAGGGACGACAGCACAACCAUUGCGUUUGUAUGCAUGAGUUUAGGGGAGGAUGCAAGACAUCCCACAGUUAAUAUAAUGCUGUAUAUUGAAAGUGUCGUUAUUCCAAAAUUCCCGACAAUAUAUUGCCAACAAUUGCGUUGUAUGUGGGGAGGCUUAAGGGGUGUCGUCGAGAUUACCCAAAAUGGACAGCACACAAGGACGUCGACAUCCUCAACGCAAUCUCAACGACACCAAAAAGUAAUUCUGGACAAUCCAACUCGCUCAUUGUCAUCGCUUGCAAGCCUACUUUGAAUUAUUUGCAGUGGUCAAAUCUCUCUCUGUUUUCCAAUCGGGCCGCUGAAAAAUAAACCACUGCGAUGGAUGGUGGACAAAAAUAUAUCCCCAGGGAAAAGCUUCAGGCCCUUACAACUCAGAUCACUUACCAAGGAGUAUGUGGCAUUCCAAGUGCGCCCUUUUAUAAGGGUGAUACCUACGCUUUCAAGUUCACUGUGGAUUGCCCGCUUGCCCUUUGCAAUCUUCCAACCGGAAAGGCCGUCGACCAUGGUGCUGAAAAUCAAUUCCUUCAGAGUGUGAUGGCCGUCUAUAACGAGGAGAUUUUCUCUGCGCGUCGGUGGAUAUGUCAGGUUUGCGGGAAACCAGCAAAAGUACUAUACCACGGUAUGGUGCCGUUUCUAUGUUCCGAACUGGGGCCAUCGAGUGACUUUCAGCCAUCGGUGUGGGACUCCGUCGUCCCUAUUUGCACUACCGCUGGGGAGUGUGAUUUUCAGGCGGAGGAGGUAGCCAAGCAAUCAUUUAGAGAUGUGUUGCCAAAAGCCAUCACCUGCUCUCAAUAUGGCUGUGAGAGCUGCGGAAUUGUGAAAAAUGUGAAGCGCUGCGCUGGCUGUAAGCGGAUUUGGUAAGCUACUGCAGUUGCGGUUCCCCAGGCUCUCUGGUGCUAGAAUUUCCUUUCUAUUUGUUGUUGAAGUGAGAGAAAUUUGACCAUAGUGGCAUGCUGCGAGAUGUAGGUAUUGCUCGAGGGCAUGCCAAUCUUCGGACUGGCCAAAGCACAAAAGAGCGUGCCGUCACGCACAAAAAGAGCGCGCGGAUAACAAAAGAAACAACCGUAUCACCCUUUCGUGUUUGUGAGUGUGUGAAUCCGAGAUGUCUUCAAAGAAAGCGAAGGUUAAGCCCUUCGGGGAAUGGAAGGAAAGUCAAACCGAGUAGACAAGUGGUAUUUUGAAACCUUUGUUGUCCGUAUGCAUAUAUAUGUAUCUUAUUACUUAAACCAUCUUUCCAAGACUCAAGAGUUUUAGUAGGCUCUACAGCUCAGCUAUUUCAUGUUUGAUAAGGAACAUAUAUCCUGCAUAAUUUAUAUAUUAGCUUCAAGCUGCAAUUUGAAUGUAUGGGAGGGACUGAAUGCACCUAUGGAUGUUCGGUAAGAGGAUAUUAAACGAUCUGAGAACCUCGGGCAAGCGCUUUUC